AUGGGAUUUUUGAGUGGAGUGCUUGGUGCGGUGAAAAACGAAAAUGAAGUGAUAACUUAUGAUAAUUACAUCACUGAUUCUGAGAAAAAGCUUGAAAAAGUACUAGACACCUUAAAAGAUAAUAUUGGCUCCGGGCGUGAUGGGCUUGCGGCGUCUGUCGCCGCGGUGAAGGCGUGGCUGGAGGGGUAUGAAGGUGAAUUAAAGGAAAGAACAAAUAAUGUUAAAAAGCCAGUUAGAGAAAUGAAAACGCUAAUUGAGCGUGACGGAACGUUAAUUGUGGAAGAACAAGAUAACGAUCUCAAGAAGCAAGUAGGGGACUGGACUCAUCGGGCCAAGCUGUACAUAGAGAAAGCCUCAAAUGCCGAUAAGGCAUUAGAAGACAUCGACUCCAAACUGAAAGAUAAGUUGAAAUGUUCAAUUAAUAUGCUGUUGCAGGCAACGAAGACUUUCAAGGCGGCCGCAGAGAAUGGAGACUUGUAUAUAAUCCAUGAAACGCUUAGGAACGUCUGCAAUGAGACCGUUGAUCAAAUUACAUCCAUAGCGAAUGUGAAAUGUAAAUACCUCACAGAUGAUUUAAAACAAAAAAUUAGCUCAUUUAAUGGCCACCUGUUUGCCUUACAAUCGAAUCAUUUUGCUGAGUUGGAAACGUCCGUGUACAAUCAGCUUCAGGAUGCAUUAGACACUGUAAACGGUGGAAUCGCAGAGCUAGAGAAGAAAUAUAAAGGUGAAAUAGUCGACGAACUGAAAUCUAUUCUGCAACAAGUAAUACAUAUUAAGGAUAAGGUUAAUGCAGAGAAGCAGACGCUUGCAGAGCAGGUGAGUAGUAUGGUUCAGCGGAUGGAUGCGCUUAAAAAUGUCAAACAUAAAAUUAAGGUACCGAAAGAUGUAAAUACGUUCAAGGACGACAGCCAUAGCGAUGGAUGGAGGUUGGCAGAAAUCGCAGAGCUUAAGCAAAAAAUUGUAAGUGCCAUGCGAACGCAUGUUGGAGGUGAGAUUCUCCAACAGAUUCAAGAUAGUGUUGAUAACAUCAAGGGAAAUGGUAGUUCAUAUGAAGGUCUUGCGGGUAUUAGAAAACAAGCAGUGGAUAAUUACGCCAGUAGAUUCACAAAAAACGGUACCGAAAAAGGUCAGUUUGGUGAAGUCGUAGAAGAAUGGUUGACCGAGAUUUUGCAGAGUAAGCCCGUUAUCGCAGCGCUGGGUCAAUAUAUAAAAGGGUCAUCGACUGCUGAUCUAGGCUCUAUAUUCAAACAAGGAGAUGUACUGCCCGCUGCAAAAACAAUUGUUGGUCAGAUGCAGAAGGAAAUUCAAGCAGCCACUGCAGCGGCUGUUGUGACCAUGGGAGACAGUACAGAAAUAGAAAAGCAUCUAGAUGCUGUUCAACAGGCCUGCGAAACAUUUGCGCGGACGCUUGGUGAAAACAUCAAGGGCCAGUUUGAAAUUGGGGGACUUUCUGGGAAGAUAGCUACUGAGAUUGAGAGCGUCUUUUUACCUGGUACUCAUUCACAUGUUAGGAAACAGAAUGAACUGAAAUUAGCAAUCCGUAUCAUUCUUUACCAGCUCGUAGGUGCGGCUAGGCAAGCAGGCAAGGAGCUUUAUUCGUUCGUAGACAACGAGGAAUCCGAAUAUAAUCUUGGCAGAAACGUGAGCGUUUCUCUUAAAACUGCUACCGAACUAGCAAGUGGCAUAUCAGAAGCCAUAUCCGCGUCCACAAAUUCAGGCGCUAUCAACUAUAGCGACAGCAGUAUUGCGCAAGGUGUGACAGACAUCGAGAAGCAAGUCAAUACGCCCACUGUUGACAAUCAACUCGGCUUGCUGCUCUACGAAACUGCCAUUAAGGGUAUUUUCACGUUCCAGGAGGAAGUGAUUAAGAUUGUUGGCAGUGAACUCACAACUGUCAGACAACCCCUUCAAGCUGCUAAAGAAACGUUGGAGGGAAUUAAAUGGGAGCUAUCCGAACUCCAGAGUGAAGAGGAUACCAUGUUGAAUAUAGGGGUUGUCAAUGGUAAGUCCAAGCUAGAAAAGCAAUCUGUCGAGCUGCACCAAAAGAUCAACAAAUUUUUAGACUCAACUAUUGGCACGGACGUAAAUCAUGGUGUCUACGCAGAUUUGGCAACGUUGAAGAAACAUAUUCAGUUACUUCAUACCGCCGUUGCGACUGUCAAGGAGAAGCUAAAAUCUGUCUACCAAGAAAUUAAUAGUUGUAUAGACAAAGCGGAAGAACUUUAUAACGCAGCAGUUGAAGUGACACAAAGAGUUUUUACUCAUUUGCGUGCAACUGUUAACGCCGAACUGGACUCAGCCUCCAAAAGAAUGCAAAAUAGGGCCGAAACGCUCUAUACCAGGACGAAGAAAAGAGAAAUUGCUGCAUUACAAAAAGUAGUUGAAACUCAUUUCGAAGUUAUUCUGCGAGUCAUUGAAGAUGACCAAAACGAUAGAGUGAAAGGUUUCCUUGCCAAAUUAGGAAACCAAUUUGUUCGUCCACAUACGAGCGUUUUCCCCUCACCUUCCCAGCCGGAUAAAUCAACAGCGAAGACGUUGUCGACCUAUGCUGCCACAUUAAUUCAUUGGUUCAAUGAUUUGUUCCUCGAUUUGUAUACGCAACGGCAAGUCAAACUAAAACGCUCCCACGUCGAACAUUCCAGGGAGGCAUUGCAGAAAUUGCUAACCGCUCUUGCAUCUUCACAACAUUUUAAUAAUGAGUUCGCUGUUAAUCUUUCUUCCUUCGAAAUUAAAUUGUCCGAAUUCCAUGCCGACACGUACAAAGAUAAUGCUAAGGAUGUCCUCGCCCCCCUCAAGGCCGGCCUCUCCAACUUCACCGAGCAACUCGGCCACGCGUACGUGAACAGGUACUCGGGUCAAAAAAUCAUUAAGUUGACUGAAGAAAGAACUAAGGAAGUCGAACAAGAUGGUAUCAAGAAAACAAUUAAAUUUGAUGAUUUAACCCCUGAGGGCCGCAACUGCGCCAAGGUCUGCCUGACGAUAGUGGAGAUGGUGAGUGAGGAGUUAGUGCUUUUAAGCAGAGGUUGUUUCUCAUAUAAAGAUAAACAAAUCAAUAUAUAUGAUAACAAUUUAUUCGGUAAUUGGUUCAAGGAACGUGGUUUCACAGUUACAUCUACAGCAGGCAAGCAGACCGGUGAGUUGCAGGACAAGAAAGAAAUAAACGGUAAUACAAUUUUCAACAAGUUUCUGAACUCGAAUAUCGUAGAAGCUGCCAAAAACGCUACACUAAAAAAAUUGAAGGCAGAGGGUAUUAGUAAGAAGAUUAGAUUCGUUAACAUGAAAGUUGCCGAAGUCAGCCUGCUCGAUAUACUGACCUUGCUUCGUUUGGCGCAAAAUGACUACUAUCUCGUGUGUCACCAUAACACCCGUCCCAAUCCAAAGGCGCCUAGUAGCGUAAAAGAUAUGCUAAAGUGGCUGGCAGGUCUUCCACAUGAUCCCAUGUAUCUGCCAUUUCGUAUGUACUUCAAACAAUUGUUCCCUAAGCCUAAAAACGAUGAGAGAGAUAAUGCAGUUAUACCGUCAGCUCAGCUGCAAUUAGCAGCGCAUCCUAACAUAACAAUUGGCCCAAACGACUUAGCAACCAAUGUCUUGACAAACGUUUGCGGUUACUCCCAGGAUACGUUGAUUGCCAUCCUCGGACACGGCCACGAAGGUGGCAGGUACGCGUGUGAAUUUAAAACAAAUGCCGAUAAUUUCGAUUAUCCAAGCAACGCUGCUUCGUGUUUCGAUAUGUUCGUGGAUAUAUUGCGUCGAGUCUACGACCAACUUUAUUUCUUAUUAAUCCAGUGUCAACGCAGCUCAGAAGCCAAUAGCUGGCGCGAAUGCUGGUACGGCAGAGGAGUCGCAGGGUCAUCGUGGCAGUGCAAUACUAAACAAUGUGCUAACCAAGCAUGCCCCCAAAUAGCUGACCAAAACGCUAACCAAAUCGCUAACCAAAUCGCUAGGCAAACGUGUGACCAGCACCCUAACUGUGGCCUUAAGUCGCCGUUGCAGUCGUUCCUCGAAGAUGGUUUGCAAGGUUUCCUCCCGCAUUCAUUUAAGAAACCUGGAUGCAAACGUGAAUGUACAGUGAGCAAUCACCGUGGCAUCGCGUGUAAGACACCAAUGGGAUUCACGGACAUUAGUGAUACGGCAUCGCAUACUCAGAAAGGUGACCACAUUCUAAAAGUGCUGCAAGGGUUCUGCGGUGAUACGGAGAGACCACUCACCAAAAUGUGUAGUUACUUGAUCUGCCUAUUGCAACAACCCCCGGAGACUCUUGGCGAUAUGUUUGCCUUUUACUUUAAUUUGUUGAAAGACUGGGAUAAGAGGGAGACGCAUAAGCGGAAUGCGUUUAACGAAGCUGUCAAAAAGGCGUACUUCGGAGUUACGUAUGAAGACUUGGAAUUAUCAUCGCUGUUUGGUCCUACUCAUACGCAGAAGCACGAUAACUGUGAUUUGUUCAGUCUGGUUUGCGGCGGUGACACGAAAUCAGUGGCUACCUGCGGCCGUUACCUACAGCCAUUCGGCAUUAACACUUGGGUCAUAUUUUCGGAAAGGUAUGCCGACAAAUACCUUUCAUGGAUUGUCUAUCUAACGGAAACAUUCUACAGUCUACUCGACCAAUUGUACAAAGAAUGUUGCAAAAAUUGCGACACACCAGGAACUCGCUGCCACAGCAAACUCUGCCCUAAAACGUGUCCAGUCAAAUACACCACUGACCAAACAGCGUCAACUGCGACAUCCAAUGUUCAUCACACUGAAAACUGUAAACCGAUCUCUCGCUGCCCGUUCACACGUCCCACUUUCUGCAAAUAUGGGUUCGUUUUCAAAAGUCUAUCAAACAUGAGCGGUGACAAUGGCGAAGAGACGAUGCGUACCUGCAAAGAUCUAUGUAACGCACUGAAAAAUGUGCUAAGCGAUAAAGUCAGUGACAAUGCUCCACUCGCCGUAUUGGUAUAUCGAACCAUACCCGAAUUCCUCUUCAAAAUUCGGGAACCCUUCAUCUGGCUCAAUGUCGCCCUCUGGCUCCUUUCCCUCCUGUACCUCCUCCACAUCAUGGUCAUCCGCCUCGACCUCCUCCACAUCAAAUCGCACUUACGUAGUCCCUCGAGUCAUAGGAUAGCCGCUCAAUCACUACUCGCCGCCGCACGUGUUAAUAAGCUUAACAGGGUGUUUUAUCUGCAACCAUAA